AUAACUAAAUGGAUUUCAUGUGAAAGCUUGUGGAGAUUUACAUAACCAUAGAUAAAAGUUAUAUAAAUUAAACUGCUUGAUAAAAUCAAAAUACACUAAAAUCCUGUCAUUUUAAAAAUUGGUACAGGUACAUUAAUUAUAUACAAAACAAGCGUAACAUCUGUAGAAACAUCUGUUGUGUUGUGUUGUAAAUAGUGAUGAGAAAAAGAUUAUUGAAUGAAGAUGAUGACAUUGAUGAUGAAAAUAUACCCAUAAAGAAAAGAGCAAUGAAAGUUAUACAACUAAAUCCCAAAACCAAAACCGUGAUUGUUAUAGUUCUCAUUUUUGCAGCUGUCAUUUAUUUAAUGAACUUUCCAAUAUUUUCUUCUAAUACAAUAGAAGAAUUUGACAUUCCUAAUGACAAUGUUCAUGACGUUAUCAAAGCUGAAGAUGUUUAUGUUAGUCCUGGAAGUUUAAAGUUUAAAAAACGACAGUUUUAUCUUGAUGGGCAUCCAUUACGUAUUUUGAGUGGUGCUGUACAUUACUUUCGUAUACCAGAAGAUUAUUGGGAUGAUAUUUUAAAGAAAGCUAAAGCAGCCGGUCUGAAUACAAUCGAUACAUACGUACCAUGGAAUUUGCAUGAGGACAGACCUGGAAAUUAUUACUUUGCUCAACAUCUUGACAUCGAAAAAUUUUUGCGGAAGGCAAAUGAUCUAGGAUUAUAUGUGAUAUUUCGUCCUGGACCAUAUAUAUGCUCAGAAUGGGAAUUUGGAGGCUUACCAGGAUGGUUAUUGAAAGAUCCUGACAUGGUGAUAAGAUCUAACUAUAAACCAUAUCAAGAUGCAGUGGACAGAUGGUUUGGAGCACUUAUUCCUAAAAUUAAAGAUUUUCAGAGAUCCAAAGGUGGACCUAUCAUUGCAGUUCAAGUUGAGAAUGAGUUUGGUCACUACAGUGAUGAAAUAGAUCAUCUUUUGUUUAUCAAAAAAGUUCUACAAAAAUAUGGUAUACAGGAGAUGUUACUAACCUCUGACAAUGGAAGACGUCAAUCUUUAUUUUACAACCAGGCUUUGCCAACAGUUAAUUUUCAAAAUUUCCAAAAUGGAAAAACAGAUUUUGAGCGUAUUAAAGCACAAUCUAAAGAUUUUCCAUUAAUGGUCAUGGAGUUUUGGAGUGGCUGGUUUGACCACUGGGGAGAGGAGCAUCAUGGAAGACCUGAACAUUUUAUUCUGUCAAAUUUUGAGGAGAUUUUGAAGAGUGGUGCUUCUGUCAGUAUAUACAUGUUCCAUGGUGGGACAAACUUUGGUUUUAUGGCAGGAGCCAACAAUGCUGAUAGUCCUAAGUAUGGAGCAGAUGUUUCCAGUUAUGAUUAUGGCGCCCCAAUAUCAGAGUCAGGGGACACUACCCCACUCUAUCAUGGAAUGAGGGAUUUAAUAACUAAGUAUACAUCAGUUCAACCAGGAUCUGUACCACCAAACAGGGAAAAAGCUGCAUAUGGUCAGAUUGAAAUGUUGAAUUUUAUGUCAUGGUUUGAUAUACUUGAUGUCAUGAAGACAGUUACACAGGAUAUUAACACUUACAAGAAACCAUUACCUAUGGAAUAUUUAAAAAUGAUGGAAAGCAGAGAAGGUUAUGGACAGAACUAUGGUUAUAUUGUAUACAGACGUACCGUACCAAUGUUUACUAAGUUGGAGGUCAAAGGAACAAUGAAAGAUAGAAUGCAGAUAGUGAUUGAUGGAAGAAGAGACAGUAAAGUUCUGGACUGGAAAUCAAAUUAUGAUUACACUAUGGAUGUAUCUUCUCAUGGUAUGAGAGAGGGUAACCAUACACUGGACAUCAUUGUGGAAAACUUAGGACACUUACAAACCUAAUGUUAUAUUAUACUCAAUAGGGUAACCAUACACUGGACGUCAUUGUGGAAAACUUAGGACACUUACAAACCUAAUGUUAUAUUAUACUCAAUAGGGUAACCAUACACUGGACGUCAUUGUGGAAAACU